CGUGCUCAGCGCAGAGGCUGCCUGGGCCUGGCUUGGGCCUGGCGUUGGAAAUUUUGGGGCAUGUUGCUCAAAGCGCCCCUCCUGCCCCGAUUUCCUCCUCUCCCACUGACUACCGUGGCCCUGCCUGCUCUCUCUGAUUUGCUGAUGAGAGACUUGGGCUGUGUGACUUCAGGCUGAGUCAUGAAUUCCUUCUCGCAUCGCUGGGCUGAGGAGCAUCCUGUGAGGGGGCCGGGCCAGAGGGCUGCACGGCCCUUGACUUGGCACUGCUGGGGCCAGGCUCGGCCUGCAGGGAGGGCCAGGUGGGCACUGAAGCGGGGCUGCUCAGCUCCUGCUUUGAACCCGGGACAUCCUGGCCUUUCCCAGCGGGAUGAAGCUGUUGGCCGGGGCUCUGCACCUGCAAGGGCUCGUGGGUGCCCGGGCAUCUGUCUGGAAGGCUUCUGGGCUCAGGAGCUCUGCAGGGCUGUGGCCACGGUGCUGGGCUUCCGUCGGGGCUUCUGGAAGCGAAUUUGGACCCUCUGUCUCUGGAAGGAUCAUGCGGCCAGACGACGCCAACGUGGCCGGCAAUGUCCACGGAGGCACCAUCCUGAAGAUGAUCGAGGAGGCGGGGGUCAUCAUCAGCACCCGGCACUGUAACAGCCAGAACGGGGAGCGCUGUGUGGCCGUCCUGGCCCGGGUUGAGCGCACCGACUUCCUGUCACCCAUGUGCAUUGGCGAGGUGGCCCACGUCAGCGCCGAGAUCACCUACACCUCCAAGCACUCGGUGGAAGUCCAGGUCAACGUGAUGUCGGAAAACAUCCUCACAGGUACCAAAAAGCUGACCAAUAAGGCCACCCUGUGGUACGUGCCCCUGUCUCUGAAGAAUGUGGACAAGGUCCUGGAGGUGCCGCCAGUUGUGUACUCCCGGCAGGAGCAGGAAGAGGAGGGCCGCAGGCGGUACGAGGCCCAGAAGCUGGAGCGCAUGCAGACCAAGUGGAGGAACGGAGACAUCACCCAGCCUAUCCUGAACCCAGAGCCGAACACCGUCAGCUACAGCCAGUCCAGCCUGAUCCACCUGGUGGGGCCUUCGGACUGCACGCUGCACGGCUUCGUGCACGGAGGUGUCACCAUGAAGCUCAUGGAUGAGGUGGCCGGGAUCGUGGCCGCUCGUCACUGCAAGACCAACAUAGUCACAGCUUCUGUGGACGCCAUCAACUUCCACGACAAGAUCAGAAAAGGCUGUGUCAUCACCAUCUCUGGGCGCAUGACCUUCACGAGCAACAAGUCCAUGGAGAUCGAGGUCCUGGUGGAUGCUGACCCCGUGGUGGACAACUCGCAGGAGCGCUACCGGGCCGCCAGCGCCUUCUUCACCUACGUGUCGCUGAGCCAGGACGGCCGGUCGCUGCCGGUGCCCCAGCUCGUGCCCGAGACCGAGGACGAGAAGAAGCGCUUUGAGGAAGGCAAAGGGCGGUACCUGCAGAUGAAGGCGAAACGGCAGGGCCAGGCGGAGCCUCAGCCCUAGACGCCUCCUCCAGCCGCUGGGCCCAAGCAGCCCGGCACCUAAUCACUUAGAGGUUACCCCCUUGGCCAAAAACCCAGUUCACGUUGAGAGCCGGUGUCGUGUGCAGUAUUUGUCCGCAGUGUUCACCUGUCUUCCUGAAAUACGUACACCAAAGCUUUAUUUCUGUCAUUCCCGUGUGAGUGCUACCAGUAUUGUCCUUGACACCCCAGUUCCCUGGAUCCCUGGGGAAUAUUCUACGUAUACGGUCUGGAAAGACUCCAGCAUCACUAAUAAAGCUGCUGUUCGGCUGGACCUCA